AUGGAUGACCCUCAAGAGACAAGAAACCUUGGCUCACAGCUAAGUGUGUUGAACGAAGGUACGUGAGUUUCUGCAUUUGUAGCUGGGUUGUAAGAUGUCGUUUUACUGAACUGGAUGUAGGACAAGAAAUUUUAAAAUCUGACUUAUACGGUUGUAACAUGUAUCUAUUUCGGAUUUCGACGCACGUGUUUGAAACUCUUCAUUUAAAAAAACAUUUAUAAUAAAACAGUGCUAUGGCGAUAAAAUCUCUUUUGGAAUAACACAUCUGAAGCGUACAUGUAUUCAGUUUUCUGUCUACCGACUGCUGGGAUCGGUUGCGUAGUUUUUCGUCUCCUGAAUGUACUACACCAUAAUGGAUUGCAAAAACAGGUUACCCGCUGAUGAUGUUUGUUAUUUGAUACGGCUGUUUUAACUUGGGAUACAUACAGUUUAUUUCAAAAUAGGAUUAAUAAAUGCGAAUAAUUUACGAACGUUAAUUCAUCAGUAAGGAGAUUUAAUUCGUCGUUGAUUGCUUUUUCGUUUUGAAUAGUCACGUAAAAGGAAACGGUUAUUUUCAAAAUAUUUGUCCGCUUCUAACUGGCUCAAAUUCCGUGGUAAAUUCUUCAUAACCAUCUAGCCUUGACUAAUUUUGGAAGACGUUUGCGAUAUCCGAUAAAAUGACAUCAUUGGUGCAGGAUAACAACAGCAAAAACGCACGGCAACGUGGGGACGAGGUUGGGUCACCUCAACUACAGUAGCUAGAGAAAAUGGCAGGAAAUUCCAUACGAUUUGGGGAGAAGAUUUAACCGAACUGUUGCCUAAAUCUUAGCAAGAACAGCAAGAAUUACAACUGCUUUUUGAAGAAUGUCUGCUACACUAAACAUACUUUAAUAUAUCGUGAUUUAUUAGAGGAACAGGCCAAUGAAUGACGGGAACUUAUGCGUUGAUCGAGGUAAUAAAGCAGGUUUCAGUUUACUCUAACAGUCUGAAUUAAUAAAACAAUUAAUGAAAAAGAAGAAUUAUGCAGAUCGAGGAGGCCGGUAGCCUGCGAAAACAUCCGUUUAGUUAAUUUCUCCUCGCUCUUCGCCGCUGGGGACGUCUCGCGCGGAGGAACGUCGCUUCUCCCCGCGAAACGUCCUCAACGGCGAAGAGCGAGGAGAAACGGAUGUUUUCGCAGGCUAUGAGGCCGGAGGGUGUUAUCCGCAAGGCCUGUUUAAUACCCCAAGUGACUGUUUAAUUUUUAGCCGCGCAGUAAUUUUAGUGGCCUAGGAACUAGCCACUUAGUUAGCCAUGUUAUGGUUAGUCCACUCCCUUUGGCUUAUAAAGACGUUGACCCAAGCCCGUAAAGUUUGCGAAUUCCGCUUUCGUAAGAAGCUAUUCUAAAUUGUGGUUAUCUUAUCGAAAAGAUAAUUUUGAGCGCGAGCAACUCAGUUUUUGUUAUUAAAAAGUUCUGUAAAAUACCCUUGUUGCUUAGAAAUCUUUGCAACUUCUACGGUAUUUGUCCAUUAAAUCACCUAUCUUGUAUUAUUUUUCAGUUCGACAUUUGAGUUUAAUAUGUACUUGAGGGGAUCCUCACUGCGUGAAAUAUGUAAUAUCAAGUUUAUUUUAUCAUUUCAGAUGACGAUAAUGAUGGAGUUAAGAAAGCAAACGUUUUAAAAACUCUUCCCAGUCGACAAUUAUCGCUUUGGAAGAAUCGAGCGCGUAAGAAAAUGAAAGAGCGAGACCGAACGAGGGGUCAAAUCUACGAAGCCAUCAAUAACGAAGAUUCUGACGAAGAGCAUGACUUUGAAAGUACCAAACGCACAGAAAAACUGGGAAAAUCUGUUCAAACUGAACCUUUAGCUGUAAGAAUUCUGCGGGUGAGAAAGAGAAGGUACUAAGGGAAUUGUAAAAUAAAACAGAAACACUAUCAAUAAUAAUAACAGGUCAACUCUGGAUAAAGGAGUGAAAUUUUAGCAUAAAUAUUAAUUGCCGAUAACAUCUGUAAAAGACGUAACAGAAGGCUCUACUGAGUUGCCAAAAGUUUCAAAGCAUCAUGUGUAAAGUACUAUUUAGAAAAGCGGCAUUAGUGUUAAAAGCCUUUAUUUCUUUAAUAAUUUUCACCUAAUAGGUGUUAACUGUAUAUUCCAGAGGGGUUCCUAUUAAUAGCAAAAAAAUUGAAUUUAAUGAAUGUCUGGCAGCUUGGCAUAAUUUGGCCUUUUUUAAAAAUUAUAGAAUAUAUGAUGCCAGUGCUGAGGUACAGCCCACAAAGGCUCUCGUUUACAGCUUGAAGAUUAUUUUAACAUUUCAGCACGUUUUCACACUAUGAAGUCUUGGCUUAAAUUGGGUGAGAUUUGUUCGGAAAAUAAAAGGCAAAAUUUUCAAAGAAUGCUAUUGCAACCCGUUUCAUGGCUAAACAAAACGUUUUUUCUUCUUUUUUUGGUUUAACAGGAGUUCUACAGAAGAUAGCGAAUCACGAGGACUGUCUUCAUUCACAGCUUUAAGACUUCAUAUCGCCAUGGUAAGCCGAAGUCUUAUUAUGGGCUCCUGCCGCUAUUAAUUUGAUGUCCAGGUCCCACUUGUUCAAAAAGUUGGUUAACGCUAUCCAGCGGAUAAAUCGCUAUCCAGGGGAUGAGGAUUACGGAAACCAAUUGUUCUAUCCACUGGCCAGCGAUUUAUCCGGUGGAUAGCGCUAUCCACCUUUCGAACAACUGGGGCCAGCACUGCAAAUUUACCCACAGAAUUAGAUGUGUAUAAAUAUACGUAUUCGUUAUGUCUCUAUGCAGUCUGCUGGCAUGAUGUUUGUUUCAAAUGACCCAGUCAACUAUGAAGAACACAUCAAACAUCAUAUCGUUACAGAGGGCCUUGAAACAGCUUCUUCCAUACUAAUGCCUUAUACUGUUAUAGAUUUAGUUUAACUUGUCUUAUUUCCUCGCCAGACGUCGAAGAAUGUGGAGUCGCUCUAAAAUUAACUGUGUCACUGAAAUGAGGUUUCUGUUUGUUUAGUGGUUUAAGAAAUGGUUCAGCGAAACGAAAGAAUUCCUGAACUCCUACGAGUUAUGGAGAGGUCAUUUUAAAGAGAUAGAAGGUAAUGAAAAUAUUUGUAUGAUUAGUUUUUGCUUGGUAUAAACUAAAAUUGUUCUUUUAAUGAAACUCGGCAGAAGCCAUCCAGGUUCCUGAGGCAUUAUCUGCUCGGCUAAACCUGGACCUACUAGGAGCGGUGACGUCACAGAUGGAGACUAUUGUAUAUCCAAACUUCGAGCCGGCAACAACUUUGAAAAGCGCCCGAAAAGUGCGAGACCAGGCUCCUCGUAUCUUGCAAUUUUUUUUUUUACACAGUAUCCCUCUUUAUUAUACAUUGUAACCAAUUUCUGGCUUCUCAUUGGCUAAGAACCUAAAGUUUUAUUUUGUACAGCGCAACUUACAGAUUAGUUAGUUUUCUGCUGCUGACAGCCUACAGAUCAACUAACUCAGGCUAAUCUAUAGGUUGCGCGCGUAAAGCACGAUUUCAGUGAGCAAUGUCAAACUGGGUGCCGAGUGACGGUGUGUUUGUCGUUAUUUUGUUCAGCUUGGCAUAAUUUGGCCUUUUUUUGAAAUUUUUAUAAUAUGUGAUGCCAUUGCUGAGGUACAGCUCAAAAACGCUCUCAUUUAUAGUGUUUGUCGUUAUUUUGUUCAAAGUAGUGUUAUAAUAAUUAUUGUUACCCUUGAUUUGUUUUCUGUGAUAUCCGGAGUAAUCAUGUCUCUGUCUGUCCCUCUGGCUGACAGCCUCGAUCUUGAGGAUUUUAUCAUUACUUGGGAAACAUUAAAACAUUUUCUAUUCAAUAAUCCAAAGACAAUCUCUUUAUAUCCUACCAAGGGUUACUUUGUUUGCCUUUUAGGUUCAUUUGGAAAUGGUGUUCUCUCCUACUUCACGUUCCUCAAGUGGCUUUUACAGCUGAACAUUUAUAUCUUCAUUCUGACACUGUGUUUUGUAAUCAUACCGCAAGCGAUAAGCACAGGAGAGGAGCUUCCGCUGGAAUCCCCCCAAAAUGUUUCAGUUAUCAAACCUAACAGUUCUUCAUCUCUCGUUCCAGCGGAAUUGUCUGUUUCUUUUUCACGGAGGAGAAGAGAUGUGUCGCCAAACUCUACCGAGAAUGAUAAACAAUGUCAUCUGGUUAAACCAGAAAACUAUUCACUUUAUACACACAAACCUUUCCUAAUGCUUCUUUCCGAUUUCAUUUCUGGCGUGGUAAGUAGACAUACUAAAAAAGUUUAAAUACUGAUCCAAUCUUUCUAGAGAUCUUUCAAGUGACUAUAGAGUCUGUCUUGCUCUAUGGCUGCGAGGUGUGGCCACUUACUGUCCCUAUGGAAAAGUCCCUCAGUGGAACUUAUACUCGCAUGCUCCGCAGUGUCCUAAACACCGGCUAGCGAGAUCAAGUAACCAAUGCCGAACUGUAAGACAACUUUCCAAUUUUGUCAGACAGGAUCGGAUUAAGAAGGCUUGGUCUUUCUGACCACUGCUACCGUCACCGCCAAUUGCCAGCGAGCCAGCUUGUCCUGUGGCGGCCAACAAAAGGACACCUACGACGCGGUCGCCCAUGAGUGUCUAUAUCCAUAGACACCCUUAUUAGGGCUGCUGGAGCGGCAUCAACCAGCGACCUCUAUAUACUCUACUGUAUUUCCUCCAGACAGUGUUUUAUACCUUAGAUACACUUAGAAAACCGACUACACUGAUUUCACAUCGUCUGCACUCAGUUGCGGAGACAGCCUCGCGACUCACCGGGAGACCAGGAAUCUUCGUCAAAACCGGGAGUCUCCCGGCAGGUCCGCGUCUGUUUCAUAGUAUUAUUACAUUUUCACUUCAUCAUCUUCAUCACCUAUAACUGGAUACCGGUACCGUGUCUUGCUGAACACGCUUUGGAUUACAAGUAUAGUUGGUAUAGAGAAAUCGUUAAAAUCCCGGGGGAUUAUUCUCGGGAACUCUUUGCGGGGGUGUGCCACCCGGUCCUCUAAAUCCUGACCCUAUUUCAGACCAAAAAAUAUCAUUUUCCACACCCAUUUUCAGACCUGGCCUCCAUGAAAUUGUGCCAUCAGUUAUUUAGGUUAGAACAACAACAGAAAGAUUUGUUAAAAUAGAUUUCGAAUUCGCAUAUUACUCUUUCUUUCUUAUUCAUUUUAGGAUUGAAAUGACAAAUACAGUAUGUUCCUACACUCCCGAAGUUCCCUCGAAAACCAUACCCAAUUCCAGACCAAAAUGGACAAAGUCUAUACCCGGCCGUUUUCAGACCCAAAAGGCGAACUGAACUAAAACCUUACCCAUUGGGGUGGCACAUACCUACAUGGCGUAUUUAAGGGAAUACCCACCCCUCGGGUUAAAAUAUUUUAACAUAGCAAAAAAGGAUUACAACAAACGCCCUCCUCUUUGUAUGAUGGCGCGGGGUCACUAGCUACAAUUAAAUAAGUCUUAUUUUAUUCCGCAGGGCUGGAUCAAUACGACUCUUAUGUAUUAUGGAAAGUACUCUGAAAAGGUAUUGGUGAUUGGUGACGAAAGAACUUACUAUAACAUGCCGCUGGCGUAUUUUUUGGUGGGCUGCUUUUCCUUUUUGGUGAUCAUACUCUCAAUCCUUUGGAGGUAAGAGAAAUUGUUAAUGAAUAGUAGUAACCUUAUUUGGACAGAGAAACCUGACCGGUUAAGCAGUCUAAAAGUACUGGUAAUUAAAUGUUCGUCAGUGUCAGUAUAGCGUAGAAGUCUUUAAAACCGUAACGUACUCCUGUCGACAUAUCCCUUGGUAUCAGUAUUUGUUGCAUUGUUAUAAUUAUAAGUCGUUUGUGUUCUUUUUCAGUGCUUCGAGAAUAUUUGAAGAGAGCUAUGUGAAGGAAGGUAGUAAAUACUUUCAUACGUACUCCAAUAAAGUGUUCGGCGGCUGGGACAUGUGCAUUGAUGAGGAUUCUGCGGCAAAACUGCAGACUAUGAGAUUUGUUAAAGAAGUAGAGGUACGUUUGAAUUACUUGGAUUAUACUACUACAUGAGAAAUUUCUGCAAUUUGAUUGGCUUAGAGCAGUGGUAUUUCAGCUUAAUUUGAAAUACCUACAUGUGAAAAUUACAAACCUUGCGGGUAGUAGUAUAAGCAAUUAAUAGCAUGAUUUGUAGGUGACAUUUGGCAUAAAUACCACUCGUGAUAUUUCAAAAUUGUCUCAAAUUUCACUCGCCUAACGCCUCGUGAAAUUACGUAUAACAAUUUUGAAAUAUCACUCGUGGUAUUUAUGCCAAAUAUCACUACAAAUCAUGCUAUUACCUAUACGAAGACAGCACAGAUUAAAGGUCGCAAAAAAUUUGCUCACUAUGGUUAGCUGAUUCUGAGCUUGGCAAGAAGAUAAUCACUGGACAAGUCACAGUGUUUUUUUAAAAACACUGCCAUGCACGAUCAAGAACGAUCAUUUUGUAUUAAUACAUUAAGUGAUAGCAGGACUGUAGGGAGAGGCCAUAUACAAAAUAUAUAGUGAACUGCGUAGAGGGGUAAUUGCAAGCAAAGAAGUCGGCAUGAUCGGUGCACACACGAGGACAUUGAGCCACAAAAAGAUGCACAGCUUACAAGGUUGGCAUCAUUGCCAACGGUUAUAUCUAAAGCAUAUCCUGUACCCACUUCACAUUUUUUAUGGGGCAUAAAUUCAGAACAUGCACCAUCCAAAUUAAAGCAGUUGGUAACAGGGAGAAAAAGUUUGUCUAAGUAUAUGACUGACGCCCGCCGCGAUUCACAAUCUGCGUGAACGAACACCUUUCAGACCUUUUGUAACUGUGGCGUUUAGAAAAAGUUGGGAAAGUUUCUGUACUCGCAUUGUAGUUCAUAGCUCAUUUUUCAUCACAUAUUUCCAGGCCGAUCUAGCAGAGGACUUCAGGCUUGCUAAUUUAGCCAAGAGAACAACGAAGGAAAAGUACCAAAUCUACGCAAUAAGAACUGUGGCAAAUCUAAUUGUUCUGGGGCUAUCAGCGCUGUCUGCCUACUUGAUUUUUAUGGCCGCUCAAAUUUCGAUACAGGUAAUAAACAGUGGUAUGUCAUUACAGUGAAUGAUUUUAUUAAUAGUGAUAUUCCGUGCAUGAUAGGUUCAUCAUUAUAGUUAGUGUCUCAUGAUAUAGUUACUUUAAUUGAUGGCAACGCUACGACGACCGCUGCGUAUACUGCUGGUCAAGUGAUCAGGUGUGGAGUUAGGCCACGCUUACCAACCUCAUUCCCAGGGCUUUUCUCUCAGUAGGCCUAGGGCGAACACAUUUACAUGAAGAAAACUUGUCUUGAGUAGAAGUGUAACCGCCUACUUGAGCUACCCUGAGCAAACCAACUCUUCAUAAAUUUCCUUAUAAAACUUGGCGGACCGUUUAUACGAGAAAUAAACAAUUGGCUCAGGUACUAGAAAGUUCCCAUGGUUUUCUCCUUUUCUCCAUACAUAUUCCAAGGGCCUCACUGAGAGGCGCUACAGUAAAACCCCACGUAUAAGAACCUACAUUUUUCCAAGUCAUCCUGAACAGGUUCUUAAAUAAAUGGUGCUUAACUUGAAAUCAAGCUAUCUAGGUUCUUAAAUGGAUUCUUAAUUUUUGGUAAGAAAGAAAGUACUUGUAUUGGUGGGCGUGGCCUUUUAUUUUAAAUUAUUCACACAUUUUCAUACUAGUUUGUAUACAUACAUACAUCAUACAAGAUAGUGCUAAGUUAUGCGCAUGUUAUGGUUUUCUAUUGCACUUUGGAAAUUUAGAACCUACUUUGAAAUUUCAGCCUGAAAUGGUUCUUUUGUGAAAGGUGCUUAAAAUGAAAAUUUCAGCCUGCCAGGUUUCGUAAAUUUUAGGAUUCUUCACGUGGGGUUUUAUUGUAUCUGUAUUUCUUGUUUGCGGGAUUUCGAAACACACCAACCACGUGUGAGGUUGGUAAAUGCACCAGUCACAAGGAAUCACAGUGUUACUAGCAGUCCCGCUCAGUAUAUCGACACUAUCGCUAGAUUAAAACCAAUGUCGCGAUUAAUAACAAAGUGACUUUUUUGAGUCAGAGAUUUGAGACAAAUAAUAAACGAGCCAAACAAUGUUUCAUUAUAUUAAGUCAAAAAGUGUGAAAUCUUAAAUUUGGCUUUAAUAACUACGUCAUUUACAAGAAAUUCUAUCAAAAGUUGUACGGGAUUCAGUAAUGUGAAUGUUUUUUAGGACUGGUUUCGGUUUUCCUCGGAUUGAUAAGAAGAUUGAGACUUAGAUUUGGGAACAUACUAAGAACACCCCAUAUAAUUAAAUUCUCAGAUUAUGCUUGAGAAAACUAUGGGAAGAAAAUUCAAGAACAUUAGCCCCACCCCAAUGUGGACCAGUGCAGCCUUUCUUUGAAUAAUGCGUUUUCCCUCAUGUGGCCUGCAGCGAUGAAAAGUUUCCCUCAGGAUUGGUUUGGGACAGCAAGAUGGCCACCGUUUAAGGCGGAAGCGACGUCAUGUGAAAACGCUCUAUUGAUCGGAAGGGUGCGACAAAACAAGAUUGGCGUUUCUUUUAAUGAUUGAAUUUAUUCAAUAAAUCUUUCUUCAGUUUAAUUUUGGAUUUUGACGUUAUUUGUUUUACGUUUUUUUCCGGCUAUAUGAUAGACAUCUCAAGUUGAUGUGGAUAGCAAAGCGUCAACAACAACAGAUUUAAUGCAACUACUCAAGAGUUACGCCUCCCCUAUAACUCUCUCAGGGUUAGGAUUCAUUGUUCCCAACAUAUUUUACAUCCUUUCGCGCUUAGAGGACUGGAAUCCAAGGGUCCACGUCAACAUUGAUUUAGCCCGGUAAGAAUUGGAAUUAUGACGUCGUGUUCUUCAGAAUCAUUAAUUCCUAAUAAUUCAUUUAUCCUUACAUAUUUUCAGAACGGUGCUGCUGAAAUUGGCCUCGGUUGCUGUACUUGUAAUUUCUUUAUACAACAGGAUCAAAACCACCUGUAUGUUGGUAAGUGAAAAUCAGUUGUUUAACUCAGUUAUGAAAGUGAACAACCUCUAUAGGUGGUGACUAUGGAGAAGACUUAUCAAUACGAUCUCGUGCCGAUUGGUCACGUGAACCAGUAAACACGUUUUUUCUUGGAAGCAGUUUUUUGCUCGCGUAAGGGCAAAACCUGCACUCACCCACAAACAGAUUCACAAGUUUUAACUCUUCUUUUUCCCUCAGUGUUGGGAGAACGUGAUUGCUGCAGAAAUGUACAAGCUGAUAUUGAGCGACUUCUUCGUCACACUCUUCGUUAUAAUUGCUGUUCAAACGCCUCGAAGGUGCGUGCUAUGAUUAUAAUGUAACAAGGUUCAAACGAGUAUUAGAAAUUCUUAGGGUAGUAUUAUCGCUUUUCUUGUAAUCAGUGUAGCGUAGCAUAACAAUAACGAAAAACAUUUCUGAAGAAGAAAAAGAAGCUACGCUUCACCAGGAAUUGAGAGAAAAUUGUUUCUAAUUUUGAUAGUCCAGAAAAGGCUUAAGUCACAGUGCUUUGAACGGAACGGUGCCGGUUUCUUCGGUAAAUAUUCCGGAAAAAGAAUAGGUUAAAAGACUGCUGCGCCUUAUUUUUCACCCCACUACUUAGUGUUUGAAUACCUGGCAAAACACUCAUUUUCGUGUUUGAUGUCACAGCCUAUAUUUCGCAACCUCAUUAAUUAUUCAUGAGAAGAAAAAAAAUUGACCGUAGGGAUGCUGAGAUUACCCAAAAAAUUUUCGAGAGCUUUAGCUAAGAAUUUUCUCAAGAGAUUUUAAUUAGCAGAUCGUGUUUCAACUUACUAUGUUAUUUGUCCAUUAUUAGGUAUUUUGCGGAUUAUAUAUAUUUAGGAUGCGAUGCUGGAAAGAAGAUUGGUCGCCCGGAGUUCAUUCUUCCAGAUAAUGUACUUGAGCUUGUUUAUGGGCAGUCGCUGAUAUGGUAAAGGUUUCAUUUAUUGAAUUAAAUUCUAACAAAUCGUAAAUAAUUCACGAGCAGAAGUAAAAGACGUGACAUUCAGUUCAGUUCCGUUUCAUCCUUGUAGGCCAUUUCCAACUUCUAAAAUCUCUCACUUUAAGGAGGCUAAUUGCGAAACCUUCCUUGCGAGAAUGAAUUUCAUUUGCAUGUUUAUAAAUCAUUUUCAUGUCAAUAGAUGUCUUUGCACUUAGCCUCGCUUUGAAACAGAGGUUUGGAGCAACUCGGAAAUGGCCUAUUGGAGCCUAUUGUAUAUUCCUCGUAGUUCAACUCAUUAUCAUAUGUUACUAUGAUAGUCAAACGCAAAAUAAAUAAAAAUUUGAACCGAGGAUUUAAAAAAAGCAUUUUAUUUGAGUAUCAAUGUAUUUAGCACGAAAGUACUUACUGGGGACAGUAUUUUUUACGUCUCCUACUGGAGACGGGACCGCUAUUUUACGAGGUCAUCCGAGCAAUUUGCAGGGCAAAGGCAGUACCUUCAUUUCUCAGUUAUUUUAAGACCCUGAGUAUUGGUCGUGUCCCGGAAAUCGAACCCUCAACCCCGCGCUCACAAUGGAAUUUCACGCUUUUAUGUGUUUCCCUUUCAAUAUUUUAGGAUUGGAACAUGGUACAGCCCAUUCCUACCGCUAAUGGCGAUCAUUAAAUUGCCAAUCACUUUCUAUGCUAAAAAGGUAGGCCAGAUAUUUCAGUCGUAUUUUUCCUGAGCCAUUUUUUCAAAGUACGGCCUGUCAAGGAUAUAGUCUGCAUUUGCCAUUUCACUGCCUUUCACUAUAAUUCAAACAUUGCUAGUUAAAACUAUAAGCACGCCAUAAAAUAUCCCCCCGUUUUCGUCUUUUUAAGAGAGGACAAAAGAAACCCUUAUCGCGAAAAUAACAAAUUAAGUAAAGAAAAUCCAUUAUCGUGUAUUUAUCCAGGCUACUGUACUUCACAACUGUAGAAGUGGCAAGGCGUACAGAGCAGGAAGGUCAAACUACUUCUUUAUGAUCCUUUUACUUGGGACGUUCCUCCUUUGUCUGGCGGCAGUGGCUUAUGGGAUAACACAGUAAGCAUUACUUUCACGAUUAUAGCCCAAUGAAAUUGCAUAAUGUGCCAACUUGGGGGAGGAGAAGGGUGGGGAGGAGGUGGGCAUUGUUGCGCGCGGUGUUGUAGCGGUGUGAUUUUUCUUUCGCGACAUCGGGCUCAAUAACUGAAUUUUUUAUCGCGUGUCUACCACCCGUGUCAUCACUUAAAAUGGUAUGAAGUAAUUUUCAAAUCUUUCUCAGCCAGUCACCUCAUCAUCAUCAUCAUCAUCAUCAUCAUCAUCAUCAUCAUCAUCAUAUCCUUUAUUUUAACACGAUAAAACGUAAAGCACAAUGUGCUUGUGGGGUCGUGUAAGAUUAGUUACGACUUAGAACUACAAUAAUAAAAAAGUUUUAAAAAGUUUUAUAUGGUUUAUUAACUGUUGCAAGAAAUGUUACAGCACGUAGCCACGUCAAAUAAACCAUGCUGCGCCUAAUACAUACUGCUUCUUAAAACAAAGGAAUUACUAAAACGUUGUUCCGGCCUCGCUUUCAAUGCUAUAGUCUGCAUACAUUCAGACUUCUUUCCUAAGAGACAUCUCUACGCAGUUAACUUUCACUUUUCUAUUUUAGUGACAUUUGUGAUUGGGUUGACGUUGUAGAAAGUCCCAAUCAAUAAUAUUUUGAUCUGACAACAAGAAAAAUCUUUGUUGUUGUUGUUCUCUUUUCACGUGUUUUCUUUUUAUUUAUUAGAAUUCGCCCUUCGGAGUUGUACGGACCUUUUAGGUAAGAUAUCACAGGGGUCUUUUCCUACACACUUACGACUCUUAUAAUUAAAACAAAUGAGCUGAUGAAAAGAUGAAGAAAUAAGUAAAAGUUGAAGUUAAGGUGUUUUUUUAUUUGCUGACUAUCAGGUGAAUGUAAUGUUCAUAACCACCGCUUUUGAAAGCGUCAUUAUUUGGAAUUAAUUUAAGUAGUAGAUUUUCAAUUUUUUUAAACGUAUCAUUCACGCGAUAAUUUUAAGUGACGUCAGAGUAACGCAUUCUGUUGAGUAGCUAACCUCGUUCCCAGGGUUCUCUCUCUUGCUUUUGAGAAAGAACCCUGGUUGCGGCACGGUUGCGGCUGGUCACGUGACUCCCAACAUCUGGGAGCCAUAAAUAAGGGAGGGGAAGAAGAGUAAAUAAUUGUCGCUGUGAAAAAGUUACUCUGUCUGGGCCCGAGAGGAGUUUGCCGUCUCGUUUAUUUUCAGCUGAUGGCGCGGGUAUUUUCAUAAUGCAAGAGAGAAAACCCUGGGAACGAGGUUGGCUAUUUACGUGCACCAGCCGAUAAAUUAACCAAAGCGGAAAAUACCAUACAAUCUUUAAACUGCCGUCUGGGUGGUGAUUAUGUAAACCUGACUUUUGCAUUAUCUUUUCUCUUUCAUGAACUGCACGUGUGGAGUAUGCAAAAUUUAGGAAAAGCUGAUUUUGCACUUGCAAAUCGAGAUAGAUUUUCCGUAUCCUGCUGGCUGGACGGCGACCAAAUCUUUUUUCAAGUACAAACUCUCUAAACAAUAUCCUGUUUUGCCUUCAAAAUAAUGUUAUCGUAACUAGCCGAAAGCAGCAUAGUUUGCACCCAACUCAGAAACUCAAGCGCCAUUUUCAAGCAAGAAUUUCUCCUAACCAAAAUAGUUUUUCAUCGUCCAGUCGACAAAAUUUAGUGGAGGACCUACCCCAGCUGUGCCAUUUAUUGACACACAUUUCCAAGUGACCAGCCGCAACCAGGGUUCUUUCUCGAAGCAAGAGAGAGAACCCUGGCUAUAUACGAGGUUGUUGAGUAGCAUACGAAAGUUGACGAUAAUUCUAUCGAUUCUCAUCUGUUUGACCUAUUUUUCGGUGUAAAAUUUUGUUUCUGAAAUGUAGUCAGUUUGUUACGUGUAACUAAAUGCAACAAAAACAAUGUUCCAUUUUACAGAGAAUUGAAUAACGUUUAUGACAUCGUUCCAUGGACCGUAUCAAUUCUUCCCGGCGGGCUACGCAGCACGUUUGGAAUUCUUAGUUCACCAGUGUUUCUCGUGGUGCUUGGAGUAGUCAUUUGGUAAGGAGGAAUCAUGUUUCAAAACUUUCUUUCCAGUUUUAGGAUAUGAAAAGUUUAUAGGAAAUUCAAUAAAUAAUGAGCAUGGAUGUUGGAGGGCAUUUUCGCUUUGCACGUGGCUGCUCAGAAAACGGUUGAAGCAAAAUUUUCGUUUUGGGUUUGCGCAAGAGGCUGGGUCAGUGUUGCGUCGAAUUGAACCACGGGACUGAUUUGAGAACGCUAGCGCUUCUUUUAUUGGCUAACACAAGUACACUAACAGAACGUUUUCACUUGACGUCACAGCGGUCAUAUUGGUUUUCCAAAAUGAUGAAACGGCGGCUAUGUUGAUGUUUCAAACCAAUCCUAAUUUAGACGUACAUAUUUUUUUCUCUUUGGAUUAAUUCUGUGAAACAUAUUCAUUUAUUUAUUUAUUUAUUUUUAUUUAUUUAUUUAUUAUUCAUGUAAUUAUUUGAUAUAACUUAAGGUAUUUUAGUAAAAUCCAACUAGUGGUCUAUUUCAAUUUAUUCUAGUUAUGUUUUUAUUUACUUAUUUAUUAUUCUUUAAUGUAAUUUUUUUUUAAUUGAUAUUUUUACCCACUGGUUGGUUGGUACACAUAUAUAUACUUUUAGUCAGCCUUUGUUAUUAUCAGUAUUAUUGUAAUGCGCAUUUUAUCAUCUUUUUUAGCUAAUUUGCGCAAUAUCAAGCAAUAAUAAUAAUAAUAAUAAUAAUAAUAAUAAUAAUAAUAAUUAUUAUUAUUAUUAUUAUUAUACUGACGCAAUUUGGUUUCCAUAAUAGUUAUCCGCUGGAUAGCGAUUUAUCCGGUGGAUAUUGAUCAACCGGGGCCAAGUGGUUAACAGUGAGUUCAGAUCGCCAUCCUUUUUCGCACAUAGUAAAUAGAUAACUCAGUGACCAAUUAGUUUCUCUUUUCAGUCUUGGAUUGUACUUCUUCUACGCCAUUGCGAAGGUUUAUCGUCGAAUGAUCAUUGGUCUUAGAGAAGAACUUAGUAUGGUAUGCAUCAGUCAUUACAAUUUAAUCACAUCACAAUUCACAAAACUGAUCAAUAAACUACCAAAAAGGUGAAAAUCUUAAGUGGAUAGAGGGGAAAAGAUUUCACAAUGAGUACUCUUUCACUGCACUUUGCGAGCAGAGCCUUUUUUUUUCUUCUUUUUGAUCGCGGAGGAGAAACGUAGACUUUGCCUGAAUCGCGAGGUUGCAGCCCGACAUGCAGGAUGAGAACGAGCUUCUAUGGUAGAUAAAGAUUUAAAACUCGCAAAAGGACUCGUUCAUGAAAAUCAAGGCCGGAAAAUGCCUAGCGAUCUAAACCCGUAUCAGUUACGAAAGACCGUUGAUGACCCCUUUUUUAAAUAACUAUUUUUAGAAGUUUUAUAGAGUCUAAUAGACCUUGAGACUGUAGCUAAACUGUUUCUCUUCAAUUUUCCUAGCUUGUCAUUUAAGUAAUACGCGUCUUUUUUUAAAUUCCCCAAAGGAAUCCAGAGACAAGAAGUUUCUCCUCCAACUAUUUACAACUCAAGAAUCUGAAUUGAGCAAAAGAUGAGCUAACAGUGUUAUGCUGAAUUGGUUUGUGAUGUAAAUACUACGCCGCCAUAAGUCAAACAAAAUGAAGUCAACGGAGACGAAUGCAUAGGAUUAAGGGUUGUUUGGGGCUUGACAAAAUAACUAGAAGGAUAAUUGCCAAGUCAAAGGAAAACGUCAUUCUUCUGAUUAUUGUCAAUGAUUAGUAUGUACCCUCAAGAGAGGGUAAAGGACAUCCUCUCAAGGGUACGCUUAAAUCCUCUUUCACCCUGUGUUUUUUCUUUUCACUCUGAUAUUUUGCAACAGAGGGUGACUGUAUGUAUGCCAGGGUUUUCUAGUCUAAAGUUGGUGAAAUGCAAGCUAUUAAUUGUUCCAUGUUUAAUGCGUAUGCUCUC